UCGUCUAAAAGGAGCUGGGCCUGGGCUUUGGUACUUACAAUGCGGCAGAGAUCAGCUGCAAUUGGAGCGACAAUCGAAUCGCAUGGAGCUUUCAAUGCGGAACUGUUGACAGCCAUUUGGCAAUCGCAAUCUCCGCAGACAGUCGGUUGCUUGUUGGUCUGAAAAACCUCGAUAUGGCUUAUGUGUCAGGGCACGAUGCACGAGAUGGGAGCUGCGGAUUGUUGGCCGGUUAAUAUUUGUUAUUGCUUUCUACGUAACACGCCGAGAUAUGCGCGACAAGAUGCGUGCGAGCAAUCAGCAUUUGGCCAUGUUUCGCUAGCUGGCGUGGGCAAUAGCAAAAUAAAUGCAACAACAACGGGCCGUGGCUGGAGCGGAACCAGCGGCUAACCGGCAGCGGCUGCCGACCGGGCCAAAUGUCACGUACCAUAGGGCAAGCGUCCGAUGGCAGCAUAUUUAAAGAAAUCUCUGACCGAACUAAGGCAGCAGAAGACAUCAGACGGUCGCACAACGAGCCACUCGAGUUCGAACUGCCAACUGGGACUGGAAACGAUGAACAGACACAGCUUCAUUUGGGCGCUAGCCGCCUGCUUAAUUGCAUGCGCCAGCGCUAACGGCUACGGCGGACAACAGGGCUACAGCUCUGGCGGCCAGGAGGCCUACGGCUCUGGCGGACAGCAGAGCUACAGCUCCAGCUCUGAUGGUGGCGAUGCGGCAGCCGCUGCAUCCGCUGGCGGUGCUGGUGAAUUCGGCCAUGCUGGUGGUUUGGGCGAAGGCGCCGCUGCUGGCUCUUUGGCCGGUGGUGCUGAUGCCUCGGGCGUUGCCCAGGCCGGCCAGAGCAGCUAUGGCUCUGACCAGAACAUUCCCUACAAGCCGGUGAACACCAAGGGCAACACCCUGACCUCUUCGAUCACAUACCCACAGAACAAGGGCGAAAUUCUGAUCCAUCGUCCGGCCCCCAUCAUUGUGCGUCGCCCGCCCACCAAGGUGCUGGUCAACCAUCCUCCAUUGGUUGUCAAGCCCGCCCCAGUUGUGCUGCACAAGCCCCCAGCAAUCGUGCUCCGCAAGGUCUACGUCAAGCACCACCCACGUCGCGUCAAGGUUGAGCCUGUCUUCGUCAAUGUGGUGAAGCCCCCAGCAGAGAAGUACUUCGUCAAUGAGAACAAGCAGGGUUACGGUCAGGGCUCCCACGGCGCUGGACAGGGUCAUGGACACCACAUUCUGAACAGGCCCGGUCCCAUUGUGUCUGGUCCUCAACAGCAUGGCCCCGGUGGCCAGGCUCUGCCCGCCUACGCCUCUGGCGCCGACAAUGCCGCUGCCAGCGCUGGCUACCAGCUGCUCCAGGGCGGCAACCAUGGUCUCUCCGCUCUGGCCAACAUUGCCGGCGAGCGUGAAGGUAACUAUGGUAGCCAGAGCUAUGGUGGUCACGGCCAAUCCGGCCCCAGCUACUCAGCUCCGUCGUACUAAGCGCAACGCUUACGACGCUAGCGCAUCCAGCUGCCAGCUACCAGCCUACCUCUGGC